AUGGAUCAUUUAGAUUUUGUAUGACAGGAGAGUUACAAGAUUUUAUUGCUUCUCUUUUCUUCUUUCUUUCUUUCCUCUUUUCCUUGUGCAAAUUUAAUUAUUUAAUUAAUUACAUAAAAUUGAUACUGGUUUAAUUAUCAUGUUUGGAAGAAAUGGUUCCUUUUUUCUUCUCUGUUUAAUAUUCUUAUUGUCAUUAGUGAGACAACAUGAAUCUCUCAACCUUCCUGUACCUCGAUCUGAUCCAUUUCUUUCCUCAAUUCAUGGCAAUCAGGAUGAUUUGGACCCAGUUUUUGGUGAAUCGGAGAGAAUUAUAUUGACUCUUGAUGAGGGGAUCUGCUUGUCCAGUGAGAAUGAAGAUUUUCAGUUUGACGAUGUUUGGGAUUGUAACCUCAAUUCAGUUGCCUUCUUACCAGCAUCGCCAAUCGCUCACAAUAGCAGCUCUUCAUCUUCAUCAUCCUCCUCCUCACCAUUUGAAUCAACCUUUGUCUCAACUUCUUCUAGUAACUUCUCUAAUACUGAGCAAACAAUAAACUCGUAUUACGUCAACUCUACCGAUGGAACUAGCAGUUUAAUCUGUGAAACCUCAUUAGGUGAUAAUCUUGGUCAGCUAACUCUAGAACCUUCAACAUCGGUAUCCUCUUUAUCAUCAGUCGAUGUCAGUGGUUCUAUUGCUUCUGGUGAGACCCUUACUCAAAAUAGACCAAUUUUAAACAAUUCGCCUAGAACGCCAAGCACCUCGGGUGUUAGCAGCUCUUUAGAUGUAGACUCAUCUUCGGUUAGCUCAUCAAGAAAUGGUAUUUGUCCGAGUUUAAGCAGUAUUAGCAGCAGUAGCUAUGAAAAUGAUAAUCUCAAUAAUUAUCGCAAUAUCGAUGAUUAUAGCGAUGAUGAAAGUAUUGCUGGUGCAUCUGCUUUAGUAUCUACUACAUCCUCAAUCAAUGAAAAUGGUUUCAGCCAAUACUGUCACAAUUCGGAUGCUGUUAAUUUUUAUUCUCAUGAUGAUAUCUCUUCCGACAAUAUCGCUGAACAGGAAGCAGCUGUAUCAUUUAUCGACCAAUCAGUGUCAGAUUUAAACGGUGCGUUAUGGAGUAAUUUUUCAAGUGGGGCUGAUUUUGCAGAAGGAUCUGACAUUGCAAUGGGAGGAUUUAGUGGUGAUAGUUAUGCUGUCAGUGAUUCGGUUGAUACUUUUUGCAGCAAUGUUUCCUUAAAUAGGCCUGGGCCAGCAGAUUCUGUUCGCCACAAUCACACUUAUACUACUCCAACACAUCUUGAUCCUGUCAAUGACUUAAGAACCAACUCGAUACAUCACACCAAUGGCCAUUCUCCCCUUUCUUCUCUUUCACAUCUGCCCUACCAGCAACAUGUCAGUCUUAGACAACAGUUUGUUCUCAAUGGAGGUCGAUCUUCGAGAGGUUCUAAAACUGAACAUACUCGAAGUAAUUUCAGUGAUACAUCAGACGAUGAUCGAAGUAUUACUAGAGAUGAAAAACGUGCAAAGGCUCUUAACAUACCAAUACCUGCUGAAGAAAUAAUUAAUUUACCAAUUGAUGAAUUUAACGAGCGUUUAGCUAAAUUUGAAUUUAAUGAAGUUCAGCUAGCGCUGAUUCGUGAUAUAAGAAGACGUGGUAAAAAUAAGGUUGCCGCCCAAAAUUGUCGCCGACGUAAAAUGGACCAAAUACUAGAUUUACAAAGUGAAGUGGGACGACUAUAUUCUCAAAAGAAAGCCUUUGAAAUUCAACAAGAACAGUUGUUAGCCUUGAGGCAUUUAGCUCAAGAAAAAUACACUAAACUAUACGAUUUUAUUUUAAGCUCAUCUGAAAGUUCAACACCCCUUUCCAAUUUCACAAGCAACCUCAAUGAUUAUCCUCAAUCAAUGUUAGUCCUACCAUCGGUGGAAAGUACUUCAGCAACAAGUAACUAAAUAAUUAUGAUAAGUUAUUACAGUGACAACAACAUCAACUACAAAAACAAGAAUGAAUAAAAGUUAACAUACAUGUAAACUAAUUAUGAUGGUGGUGAUGGGCAGCAAAUUUUUUACCCUGAAAAAGUGUGUUCACAUUCCCUGGAAAGCUUGUUUGCUGGUUAAAUACUGGAAUAGACUGAAUUGAAUAAUUCAGCUUCUUUUUUGCAAUCCCUGAUAGAUUCUUCAAACAGAUGAUGCUGAAAACAAAAAGAAAAAAGUGAUCAGAUCGGAGGAAAGGAAACCCCAGUUCAAAAUCUCAUGUCUUGUUAAUUGAUUUCAUAUUCUCGAGGAAAGAAGGAAAGAACAUUUUUGAUGACUUCUAAAGGCUUUAACUAAUUCUCAAAAGUUUGGAUUAAAGGAUUAUGGUGACUGACUUUUCGUAAUCAACUUAUGUUGAUCCAUUAUAAUAUUGUACAUUGUGAGUCAAGCUCUGGAUUCGUGCUGAUGGUUUAACAACUUCAAAUCGAAUCCUAAAUAUUCUGGAUUAAGUUCAAAAAAACCUCAAAAUAUAAGUAAAAAAAAAUUAGCGCAGCUUUCUCAAUAUUGAAAGAGAAAGGGAAAGAGAAAGAGAAACCACGAAACUAUUCAAAACCAACCUUCAAGAGGAUAAACUGCAUCAACAUAUUAUCGAUCUGAUUUCCAAAAGGAUUAGUCAACUGACUGAACAAACAAUGAUUCGGGGUAAUUUUUCAAAGAUCAAAAGCUACAAAAAAAAUAGGUAAUGAUUAAUUCAUUAAGAUAAACACAGACAACUGUGCCUCUUAAUUAUGAUAAUUGAUAAAAGGAGAAAACUGGUGAGGAGCUGAUAAACUUAGUUAAUGGACAAAUGUUUGCGUAUUAAAGGAAAGGAUACAUCAAUGGAGAUCCAAGCAAUUACAAUAGGAGCAGUUGGUGAGGUGUUAAUAAGAGAAUCAGUCAAUUACUAUUUACAGACUUUUAUAACAACUAUUUUUGACUUACAAAAAAUUCAAUAUUUCUUUCAUUUUCAUGUUCUCUCUUCUUGAAUUAACUAAUCUUUUCUAACGAUCUACUCAUAAAAUUGAAAAACGACAUUUUUUCCUCCUUUGCUGUCAUCAAUCCAGCUUUUAAAACUUUUGAUAGUUGAGACUUUACCUCAUCCUUUAUCAACUAUUUUACUUUUCUUUACUUCUCAAGACUUCAACAUUUCACAAAAAAAAAUCCCCACUAAAUCUCUUUCUCUUUCUCUCUCUCUCUCUCUUUUCUAUUUUCUAGUCUUAUUACUUAAUACUUUUAUGUAAAAUAUACCUCUCUUUGUCCUUUUAACCCUUUUUUGAUCGAAAUUUACCUGUUUCUCGGUGAAAAGUGAAGACUAGAUAAACAAAAAGACAAAAAAAGAUGAUACAAAAAU